AUGCACCUCAUCCAGGAGAGCCUGAAGUUGUCCACCCAUUCAGUCACUUUGCUCAAGAUUACAACAAGAUUGGAAUGCCUUAUACUGAGCCAGACCAUUAGUCUACCAAGAUUUUGCCAUUUAAUUAAAAGAAAGAAAAGGACAGAAUGGAUUUAGCACCUAGAAGUUAUACAGCAAGGUGUUAUACACUUUGUAAAACAAGGCUUCUUCCAUAUGGCAACAAUGAAUCAAACAGACAGUAAUGAACAAGAUGUUCCUCCAUACCUUAACGAUGAACCUCCAGAAGGUUCUUUAAAAGACCACCCGCAGCAACAGCCCGGCAUGUUCUCUCGGGUGACCGGGGGCCUCUUCAGCAUCACGAAGGGUGCCGUCGGUGCCACGAUUGGUGGCGUAGCUUGGAUAGGAGGGAAAAGCUUGGAAGUGACCAAAUCCGCUGUUACGGCCGUGCCUUCCGUCGGAGUAGGAUUGGUUAAAGGAAGCGUUUCUGCCGUGACGGGAGGUGUUUCAGCUGUAGGUUCUGCUAUCUCAAGUAAAGUGCCUUUAACAGGGAAGAAAAAGGAUAAGUCUGACUAAAAAAAAAAAAAGACUAAGACCUGUCUGUCUCUCUGGCUUUGGAAUCUGCAAAGAUUUGGACUACAAUAAAGCCACGUUUUAGACUCCUCUAAAGAGCUGUACGGAUAACUUCACCUGAAAGGGACACAAACAGCUUGGUGCUCCAGUGCCCAAACCUCCUAAAAUGUUAGAUUUCUUCAAGCUGUCACCUGGUGAAAUGUUACACUUGAUAAAUAUGGGAUCAAGUACUUGUGUCUGAAGGGAUAGUUUCAUUUGAAUAUUAUUUCACUGUAGAUCUUUUGCAGUCUUGAACUAAAAAUGUGAAAAUAUACAGGGCGUAAUUGAGCCAAAAUUUAAGUCCUCUGAUUCUAGUGUGGAGAUUUAAGCUUGUUCUUAAUUUCUCUCAUGACAAACAGUUGGAAUUUAAAGUACUUACAUUUUGGCUGGACUAUGCUCUUGGCAGCCUCUGCAGUACCAUAAAUAUAUUGGUGUUCCAGCUACAAGUCUAAGUUUUCUGUAUCUUCUUUU